AUGACCGUCAAGGAAUACAACGUCAAUGAAGAACCACAGCAGAGCCCUUGGGUUCAGACUCCGCUGAGGGAGUCUUACGCACUCUCCGAAGCUGCAGGAUGCAGAAUCUUCCUCAAGCUGGAGAAUCUCCAACCUUCCGGGUCAUUUAAAUCUAGAGGCAUUGGCAACUACAUUCUCCGCCGCCUUGAAGAACUUCCACAUGGCUCUCGUCCACACAUCUUUGCGUCCAGCGGCGGCAACGCAGGUCUCGCUGCUGUGCACUCUGCUCGUUCCCUCGGUCUGCCAUGCACUGUUGUCGUGCCGAAUUCCACGACACCGUUGAUGGUAGCCAAGCUAAGGGCUGCUGGAGCGUAUGAUGUUAUCCAAUAUGGCGCGGCGUGGAAAGAUGCCGAUACCUAUUUGAGAGAGGAAGUUAUGCCUUCUGCACAAACAUCAACCAUAUACUGUCCGCCCUUCGACCACCCAGACAUCUGGAACGGCAACUCAACCGUCAUGCACGAAAUCGCCUCCCAGCUCCCCGGCUCAGAGCCCGAUGUGCUAAUCUUCUCUGUCGGCGGCGGCGGCCUCAUGAAUGGCAUCUGCCAAGCCAUGGACGACCUAGGCAUGUACAAGACGACCGUGCUAGCCAUGGAGACCGCAGGCGCCGAGUCCCUAAACGCCGCUUUGCAAGCUAGGGAGCUAGUUACUCUAGACAAGAUCACAAGUCAGGCAACAAGUCUAGGCUGUACGAGAGUCACAGGCUCGACAUUCAAAUACGCACAACGCAGCACAGUCAGAUCCGUGGUCCUGCCAGAUGCCGAAGCGGCAAUGGGGUGCUGGCGUCUUGCAGACGACGAACGCAUCAUGGUCGAGCUCGCCUGCGGCAUUAAUGUUGCCCUCUGCUAUGAUGGUCGCUUGGAAAAGGCUCUUGGACGCCCCGUCCGACCUGAUGACAAGGUUGUCAUUGUGCUAUGCGGAGGUAGCAAUGUCACGAGCAGCAUGCUGUGUGAGUGGAGGGAGAAGUAUGCGUAUAUUGAAGAGGAGAGCGAGGAGCGGAAGCGGAAGCAGGAUUCUGCGUUAGGAAGUGAAGAUGUGAGUGAGAGUGGGAGCGUCAAAGACGUAGCCAUGGGAAUGGAGAAUGUGCCAAGUGAGUACAGUAAACCGCUUGUUAUUGAGGGGGUUGAGAUUGAGUGUCCGGUUUGCUCAUGA